AUGGCUCCUGAGAAAGAAAGCAAUGGGCUGGACAACUAUGCAUUUGCUGUGGAUGGUGUGGAGAACCUCUGUGAGUUGGCUGAUGGAAAAGACAGAAAGAACUCAGAUUUAUCCCAUGAGGACAACACAAGCAAACUAGCUUACUGCGUCACUGAUGUCCCACCAUGGUACCUAUGCAUCAUCCUGGGAAUUCAGCACUAUUUAACAGCAUUCGGAGGUAUUAUUGCCAUUCCACUGAUCCUUUCCCAAGGGCUGUGUCUACAGCACGAUAGCCUCACUCAGAGCCACCUUAUCAGCACCAUCUUCUUUGUCUCUGGCAUAUGUACCUUACUUCAAGUCACCUUUGGAGUCAGAUUACCCAUUCUACAAGGUGGCACUUUCACCUUGCUUGCACCUUCUAUGGCUUUGCUGUCGAUGCCAGAGUGGGUUUGUCCUGCAUGGACGCAAAAUGCCAGCUUGGUCAACACCUCCUCCCCAGAGUUCAUUAAUGUGUGGCAGAGUCGCCUGCAAGUGCUCCAAGGCUCCAUUAUGGUGGGAUCCCUGUUUCAGGUGUUUGUGGGAUUCUCUGGUUUGAUUGGCCUCUUCAUGCGCUUCAUUGGUCCUCUGACCAUUGCACCAACCAUCUCCCUGAUUGGUCUGUCCCUUUAUGACUCAGCUGGCAUGAACGCAGGAAACCACUGGGGUAUUUCUGCCAUGACAACAGCUUUAAUUAUACUGUUCUCACAGUAUCUUCGUCAUAUUGCUGUCCCUUUUCCCACAUAUAACAGGGCUGAGAAAUGUCACACCUCUAGGAUGUACAUUUUUCAAAUAUUGCCGGUGCUGUUGGGAAUCACACUGUCCUGGCUGAUCUGUUACCUCUUUACCAUCUAUAAUGUCUUACCUUCAGAUCCAACCCAGUAUGGCUACCUGGCUCGCACUGACAUUAAUGGUGAUGUCAUAAGCCGUGCACCAUGGUUCAGGUUUCCUUACCCAGGUCAGUGGGGUGUACCAACAGUGAGUCUGGCAGGGGUACUGGGGAUCCUGGCUGGUGUAAUAUCCUCCAUGAUUGAGUCUGUUGGUGACUACCAUGCAUGUGCCAGGCUGUCUGGUGCUCCUCCUCCACCCAAACAUGCCAUAAAUAGGGGAAUUGGUAUCGAAGGACUGGGGUGUCUACUGGCAGGGGCAUGGGGCACAGGAAAUGGGACCACUUCCUACAGUGAGAAUGUAGGAGCUCUGGGCAUUACCAAGGUUGGUAGUCGCAUGGUAAUUGUUGCCGGUGGUUUCCUGAUGAUUAUAAUGGGAGUGUUUGGAAAAAUUGGAGCCAUUUUCACAACUAUUCCAACUCCUGUCAUUGGUGGGAUGUUCCUGGUCAUGUUUGGGGUCAUAUCUGCAGCAGGGGUCUCUAAUCUUCAGUACGUGGACAUGAAUUCAUCUCGAAACAUCUUUAUUUUUGGAUUCUCCAUGUUUUCUGGACUAGUCAUUCCUAACUGGAUUCUCAAAAACCCCACGGCCAUAGCAACAGGUGUUAUUGAACUGGACCAGGUGCUCCAGGUUCUCUUGACCACUAGCAUGUUUGUGGGAGGGUUCUUUGGGUUUAUUCUUGACAACACCAUCCCCGGCACCAAGCAUGAACGAGGCAUUAUAGCAUGGAACAAAGCCCAUGAAGAGGACUUGGACAAUACUCUGGAAAGUAGCGAAGUCUAUGACCUGCCCUUUGGUAUCAGCUCCCGCCUCUCCUCCUCGUCAUGGGUUAGAUAUGUGCCUUUUUGUCCCUCGCAAAAGGAUAACACACAGGAGCAGACCAUGAGCAGUUCCAGCUCACUGGAUACCAAGAAGGAGCCAACUGAUCCUGUCAUCGUGGGGGUGGCCCUGUGA